CGACAAGAGAUGGCGGGACAACGACGAAUGUUGUCAUAUUAUUACAAGUAUAUGGAAUAGAGGCGGGUAGAUUUGUGACAUCCUGAAAGGGUGCCAGGAGGAGGAACAAGAACAGAAUUCUAAAGCUGAAGAACUCUGAUGGGAUUUGGCUGGAGGAUGCUCAGGACCUAGAUAACCACGUUAAUGGUUUCUACCGUGAGUUGUUCACAAGCAAGGGAGGUACGUUUGAUCAUUCUCUCUUGACAAGCUUUCCCCAUCUGGAAUCAAAACAGGUGAAUGUAGCUCUCACAGCCGACCUGAACAACAAUGAGAUCUGAAAGGCGGUCUUCCAACUCGGAGCAAAUAAGGCCCCAGGGCCCGACGGCUUUCCAGGCUUUUUCUUUAGGAAAUUCUGGAAUCUUAUUGAUGACCAGUUCUGUGAAGAAAUCAUCUGCUUCUUCCGGACGAGUGUUAUGCCUGAGUCUUGGAACGAUACCUUUAUCACUGUCAUCCCUAAAUCAGAGACCCCAGAGACUAUCGGCCAGUUCCGGCCUAUUAGUUGCUGCAACUUCAUAUACAAAUUCAUCACCAAGAUCAUGACAAACAGACUGCAACCAUGGCUUCUGGUGCUGGUGAACGAGUUACAGUCAUCUUUUACUAGUGGGCGACAAAUUCAAGAUAACAUCAUUAUUGUCCACGAAGUUCUUAAUCACUUCAAGAAGAAUAGAGCAGGUAGCCGCAAAGAUAUGAUGAUGAAGCUGGAUAUGCGGAAGGCCUACGAUUUGGUCGAGUGGGACUUCCUUCUUGAACUGCUGAGUGCAUAUAGCUUCAAUAACACCUGGUGCCGAUGGGUUAAGGCUUGUGUCUCCACGGUGAAAUUCAGACUCCUUUUCAACGGAGAACCAUCUACUGUAUUCACCCCUUCCAGAGGAAUAUGACAAUGAGACCCUCUCUCUCCUAUCCUUUUCAUUCUUAUGUCUAAUGCUUUGUCGUCCCUCAUUGAAAAAGUAGUACAACAGCAGGAGAUCAUAGGACUUAAGCUCAACAGGCACUGCCCUACACUAACUCAUUGCCUCUUCGUGGAUGAUACGGUUAUUUUCGGUGAUGCUUCUGCCAUAGAGGCUGAGAGCAUCCUGCUGAUUCUGGAUUCCUAUGGAGCAAUCACGGGAUAGGAGGUUAAUCGGGAGAAAUCUUCUGUAACACCCUACUCUAUACGUAUUACCUAAUCAUAUUGUUCAUACAAUUGCAGCGGAAAUAAUCUCGGGUGUUACAUGAAUUAUCAAAAUUUACCCAAAUAAAAUUUCGACAUGAAUUACUCGCAUAAUGGGCAAACAGUUCUUGUAACUAAAACCUGCAAAAUAAUUUAUCUGAAUCCAUGCAUUCAAUGACAAACAUAUAUACUAACAACCAUAUACAUUGGCUUUCAUAGCCAUAGUCACAGUUUCAUACUACACAACUGCAUACUAUACUGAUACAAGCCAUAAUCGUCACAACUUACCUAAUUACAAAAAUAUACACAUAUCAUCAACUUUCCACACCUGUGGAUAUCUCACACUACAUCAGAAGCUAGUAUGCACAUGAAAAACGUUCUCAAAACAUUUUUACAAAAAGGUGUGGAUCACUGGCCAAAAUCCCUAGUAGUAGUCCAAGCACAGAAUGGUUGAAUACCAUACCUCAUCUUGCCUUCAACUCUUGCUCAGCUCCCACCUAUACACCUAUCUACUGGUGUUGCUGAUGAUCUGCUUACACAUAGCAUAAGCAGAGAAGAAGAAUAAAAGAGGGUCAGCUCAUAGCUGAGUGAGAUAAUCAUAGCAUCGUGAGUUCAUAACAGAGCAUACCCCUAUCAUACAUCUAACAAUCAAGCCAAAACACUAGGAUCGAACCUCAGCCAUCCUCAUAUCCCAAUAGGCAAAAGACUCAACCACCUUGACUUAUGCAUAUGCAUCUUAUCAUGUUUUACUUAUAGGCGCCUGGCUACUCCCAUGCUAAUAACUCUCCCGGGAAACAUACCCCACAUCCCGUCGGAUGUAGUCAUACAUACCCCAACAUCCCGUCGGAUGUGGUCAUACAUACCCCACACCACUAUGGGUGUAGUCAUACCCCAACACCGCUCUGGGUGUGGUCAUAUCUCAUAAGAAUUCUUCAGUCACCACCACAUGAGAGGUGUGACUAUCAUACAUAUCAUAAUAGAGUAAUAGCAUAAGG